AUGUUCUUAAACUUCUCAGUUGAGGAACUUCUAGCGAAUAUCUAUGCGAAGUGCCCAAGAUCUUUGAAAAGGUUCGGUUCGAAAGAGCAGUUGCGGGACUUUCUUGGUGACCUUAUCCAUGCUUUGCGGUCGCAUAUUCCAUGUGUGUAUCUCAAUCGUGACGAUCCACUGUGGUGUAGUAAGGUGACGCCAUGCUUAAGAACUUCAUAUCGCUUGUGUCACAUGCACGGCUGUCACAUUCGAGGAAAAUGUGAAGAUAACAAAUGCCGGUAUGUGUGGAAGCUGAUUUCUCACUGGUAUAAUUGCGAAAACGAACUCUGCUUCGUCUGCAGUCCAUGGGUUAAACCGAUUGCAGUGUAUGGACAAUCUAAAACGUUUUUGAAUGAACUCUUCGGUGAAGAACCGCUUCUCAAAAGCGCUUGCUGA